GAGCGGCAUCUUCCAACCUUUGCGUCUCGUCGUUCGGAUGGUCUACGAUUCGUCUUUCCUGUUAACUGUAAAGGACCGUGUAACGGAAAAGUUGAAGACACUUGGUGCAUUCAUUGAUGAUGAGCUACCUGACUAUAUCAUGGUUAUGGUAGCAAAUAAAAAGAGUGAAAGCGGAAUGGCCAAAGACUUACAAUUAUUCUUGGGAGAACAUACCAAGAAAUUCACUGAAUGGCUGCAUCUCACACUGGAAAAUUUGAAGGGCUCAGGUCGUGACUCUAAUGAAAGUCGAAAAGAUAGUGAAGGUGUACGUCGCUCACGAUCGAAGUCUGGUAAACGGAAGAUUGCAAGACUCCAUUCUCCUGAGUCUCAUAAUGACCGUUCACGAUCAAGGUCACCCCUGGAACUUAUUAAACACGGUAAACGUGCCAACAGCUCACGCGAGCCUCAUGGAGAAGCGGAUGUUGUCGGUAUAAAAGUCCCUGCUGAUACUCAAGCUCCUGUUGAUAGUGAAGGAUAUAACGUUAAAGAACGGAAAGUUAUGUCCACUUCAUCUUUGUCGAAGAAAAUUAGCCAAGAAAACGAUAGAGUAUCAUCGGAUAUACAUGAUGAAAUUAACCUGAAGUCGGUUGUUGAGGUAAAAAACUCAGAAAGUCACAAGCGUACAAGGACGAAAUCAGAAUAUCCCCAACCUUCAAAUCUAUUGCUCAAACGAGCCAUGAACGAAGCUAAAGCAAGUACAAUGGCAAGUGAAUCCCAUUUCCAAACCCAACCAAAACGGAAACCAAUCGCUCGACCAGUGGCUUGUUCUGAUGUGUCAUCAUCUUCGCAGCCUGAUUCCACAAGAUUCUUCAUCACUUUGUCUGGUGCCGAAGCUAAUCCAAUACAACUGACAACUUCAUCCAAUCUUCGUAAUUCAUCGAGAGUUGAUCAUUUACGAAGUGUUGGUUACUCUGACGAAACUGGUGUACUGAACGAUACGAGACUGCGACUUGGUUCUCGCCUAGUAAACUCCACAUCAUUACGCGGUGAUGGUAGAAUAAGUGCCAAACAUCGUCUUGGCCCUGUUAUUCAAUCCAACGCACGCAUUGUUAGUGUCUCCCGAAGCGAUGACAACUUCAACUAUAGUUCAGGCAAUGAAUUUGAUGAUCUCGUUGAAGGGGAUUAUGUAGAAAUAGCUUGUGAUGAUGCAUAUGUAGAUGAUGUAGUUGAUGAAGACUUACCGCUUAAAGAGAACUGUGGAUCCCGUUCUAAAUUAUCUUUGGGCGAUAAACUAAGCCAGCAAAUACCACAGUUGGUAGUAAAUCUGAACGAAACUGACGAGGAGGAAGAUGUUGCCACUCUUCGAACUGAGACAGAAAGACAAAAGCGCAAGAUCUCGACCAAAAGUAAAGAAAAAACUCAAAAUGCAACAGAUUCUGUUAAGGAAAGUGGAACUCAACAGAACAUCCCAAGCUCCUUAGAGCGUUGUAAAUUUUGGCCCAGUUGUCGAAAUGGAACUUCCUGUCCAUAUAUCCAUCCUUCAGAACCAUGUCAGUUGUUUCCACGAUGUAAAUUUGGUGCAACAUGUACAUUUAUUCACCCACCAUGUCGUUAUGGUGCGUUAUGUACACGUGCUGACUGUCCUUUCACACAUUCGUCAAACGACUUUUACGUAAGUGUAUUUUUUCCGUAGUUAGGAUAUUGCUCGUUUCUAUUUCAAUGUAUGUAACCAGUGUUUCUAAAAAAAAUCAUCCUGCAGCCAUAUCACGUAUGCUCAUCAGUAGGUCGUAACUCAUCUCUUUUGCCUUCCACUAACUUAUGCCAUAUCUGAAGUUACAUUCUUUUUACACAUUUCCACCUACCUUAACGAUCCGUUACCCAAAUGCAUUCUUCCUGAAUUUCUCGCACGUACAAAAGAAGAGGCAGUAUCCAGCGUAUUCUUAUGCAUAUUGUCAAAGUCAUCCCAUUACAGAGACGUUGCUGUAGUUAGGUUGGACCGUGAUGUAUUCAUUCUAGUGUUCCAACUAGCACAUAACACGCUUAUUUUCCAGCAAAUAUAACUACCAGACCUUUUAAUUGGUUGUCAAAUUGGGUUUAUCAUGAAGUUAUCGUUUGCUAAUCAUGAUCCUCACCACAUCGCUUCCUUUGACUUUGCAUUUGGUUGCUCAGCUGUCUCUCCAUUAAAUCUUAUAGUUUUCUCCCCAUUUGAAAAAGUUGUAAUGUAUUUUGUGGUGUAUAGUUUCCCCCAGAAAUCAAUCAUUUACAUCCAUAUGCAUCACCUAGGUGUAAAGCUUUCAACAUUUGAAAAUAUUUUCUUGAUGUUUUCAUGUGUAUCAUGAAUCUAUUUUAAGUCAGUUAUGAAUUCCAAAAACCUCGCCUGGUUAACUAGUUCACUAGUUACUAGCCGGUCCUAAGCCCGGGUAAGCCCGGGUUCAGCAUAGGGCUACCAACCCUACCCAAGAAAACCAAUUUAACCACCAAACAAACUUCAAAGCACAAAGUAAAUAUAGAAAAUAAAAAACAAACUUAUUCUUCGCUGGAAUCGGAGAGGCGAAAUGACGUCACCUGGUGAAAGCCUUCUAAAAGCCAAUUGGCCGAUGUGUCUUCUCUCCCUCGAUAAAAGCGAAGGUAAGAAUGGCGACAUGGAAUGUCGGUACCAUGUAUGAACCUAGCAAGGCUGCCCAGAUUGCAAAAGAGAUGAGAAGGUAUGGCAUGGAAGUGCUAGGAAUCUGCGAAAUCAUGUGGAAUGGAAAUGGACUCUCCAAACUCUUAACUAGAGAGCCAAUAAUCUACUCCAGUCACCGAGACAACAACCACGAGCACACUGAGUUUUUGGGUGGCUAUCAUGAUGUCUUUAAGAACAUCGAAGGCUCUCAUACAGUGGGAACCAAUCUCCUCAACGAUCAGGAUCAUGACAGCAAGAUUCAACUCAAAAGGAAGGAAAGUCGCAAUCAUUCAAUGCUACGAGCCAAUAAAUAAUGCAGAUCAAGAAAAGAGGGAAGAAUUCUACAGACAACUGUAAUCAGUACUAGACAAGACUCCAGUCCAGAUGGUGACAUGAAAAUUCUAAUAUGUGACAUGAAUGCCAAACUGGG